AUGCAGUUGUUCCGAGAGGCGCGCGCCCGCCUCAGAAACACUCAACCCUCGAACAUGACAAGGCAUUGGCUCGUCGUCAUGACGAGAUUACAGAUAAUAUUCUUGGUGUUACUGCCGUUGUGCUCAGCCCAGUUCUCCAUCAGUGGACCAACUGACGGUAACCGACGUGCCCAGGGGCUCAAGUACAGUCAGGAGAAAGGCAUCGAGUACGAGGACCAGAGAGCGUCUCUUGGAGCUGGAGAUUUUUCGAUCCAAGGUGCUUCGGACGGGAACAGCGACUUCAAGAUCGUCGGUGCAUCGGACGGGAACGCGGAUUUCCAGAUUCACGGUGCUUCCGACGGAAAUGCCAAUUUCCACAUCCAGGGUGCGACUGACGGAAACGCCAAUUUCCAGAUUCAAGGAGCGACCGAUUCCAACGCUGAUUUCAGGAUCCAAGGACCCACUGACGCGAAUGCCCGCUAUCAGGCUCAAGCGGCAGAAGCAGGACCCCAGUCCGUCAUUCAGCGACCCUACGAGGCUGAACAGGGGCGAGGAAGGGCUCUGCAGUACCGUGAUCCGAGCGGCUUGAGCGUCAAUUGGAAGUCUUAUCACAGCGCGCCGCAACAUCCACCCCAGCAUGCCCUUCAACCCACUCACAAUGCGUUCGUGCCCCACGACGCCGUCCCCCAACAAGCUCCAGCUCCGCGGCACCGGCAGGCUCAACGUCAGCAUGCGCCUGCCGCCCAACCUGCGCAACAACCUCAAGUCCCGCCGAAUUACAGGCCCUACGAGAACGCUCCGCCCUCGAUCAAACAGUUGCUUCAAUUCCAGCAGCAAAUACCCUAUUUGAACAUCAUCCCCGAGCAGUACAGAUACGAUGCCAUCAACGCUCAGCCCGCCCCGGCGCCAGCGCCCCAGCAAGAAUACGAGCCCAGAGCGCAGAAGGCUCGUCACCAACCGAACGAGCAGAACCAGUACCGCAGCCAGUAUCGCGGCAAGUCGAGAGGUCCAUCCCGGAGCAAGCGUCAGACUCAUCAGCGCCAAGCUCACCAACAGCCGCAACGCGUUGCCCAGGCCCCCGCGGAGCCGCAGCCACACUAUUCGACGAGCGUUCCUUCCAGGAUUCAGGAGCUUCUGAAGUUCCAGUCUCAGAUUCCCUACGUCAAUCACAUCCCCGAGCAAUGGAGAUACGACGCUUUGGCCGCUGGGCAAGAACAAAAGCAGGAAAUCACCUACCAAAUUCCAAAACAAGCAGAACCGAUUCGAAGACAGCCUCAUCCGAGGGAAAAAAGGCAGGCGCCACAGCAGCAGUCCCAAAUCCGCCAGUACCGACAGCACCCGCAACAACAGCAAGCCCAGCAACAACCAGCCAGACAGCAGCCUCAGUACCAGAGAAUCUCGCAACCACCACCGGAGCCUCAACCUCAGUACUCGACCAACCUCCCGUCGCAGUUGCAACAACUUUUGAAGUUCCAGGCUCAAAUACCCUACGUCAAUAGCAUCCCCGAGAAAUUUAGGUACGAAAAUUUACUGGCAGCCCAAGGCGGCCAGCCGGGACACGCGCCCUCUAGACAAAAGCGUCAAGCUCCGUAUCAGCAACAUCAACAGCAACGACAACCGAGUCCACAAGCCCAGCAGCCCCAGUACCAGAGGAUAUCCCAACCGCCUCCGGAGCCGCAGCCACAAUACUCGAGCAGCGUUCCAGCCUCGAUACAGAAAAUCCUGCAGUUCCAAUCCCAAACUCCUUACAACAUAAUCGCCAAUCAGAUAUCUUAUCGUCUUGAUAAACCCUACGUUCCUGAACGCGUCCAAGCGCCCCAGGCUCCGCAGUACCAACAGCCUCAAGCUCCCCAGUACCGACAGCCCCAGCAGCCAGCUCCCUAUCGAGCUCAGGCUCAGCCCUCGUACCCUCAACCUCAAGGUCAGCCAUCCUAUGCUCAGCCUCCAGGAGGCUACGCCCAGGCCCAGAACAACGUGCGUCCAGUGACUGAGAAUCAGUACUGAGAACGUUCUCAGUGAUUUUACGUUGGACGUCCCUUGAUGACAUCCAACUUCAGCAUCAAGAUCCAGAGAAGGUCUGAUAUUUUGGUGACCAGGGAGGGGAGAGAUCGGAUUGAAGUACCGCGCGAAGGCCACCGGACAGCCGCUGUGACUCAGAACUUCGGAGAGCGAGGUGAACGGAAACUAAAUUCAAAGAUCACUGACCUCGCGCCAUUUCGUGCGGACCCCUCCACCAUUUUGUCCAAAUCAAUAAUUCCCAGACCGUCAUAGUGAUUCGGUUGGUACAGAGGUCGAUAUGAGCACGCAAUGUGAUAUGUAUUGAAAGAAAGUUUAUUUUUUAUACCACGUAAUACGUUUGUAAUAAAUAUAUUUCUAAAAAAACAA